AUGCGUCUAGUUCGUCCUGUUACGCUUACUGCCCUCGUUGGCUUCGGAACAUCAGCCCAAGCUCAAUCAUGCUGGGAAAACUUGACCUGCACUGGACCACUCGACGCGGCGUUUCCUGGUGAAUGGUCGACUAAUAUCUUUGCUCCCUCUUCUCGUACCGUUGCUCCAACGUCGAUCCUAUCUCUCGCGAACACUUCCGUCAUAUCAGCUUGGCCAGGUUCAGCCCACAUCGCCGGCAAUGGUUCGGCUCUCGUCUUCGACUUUGGAAAAGAGGUGGGAGGCUUGGCCACAAUAACAUACACGGCUCAGGGCUCUGGCGCCCUGGGUCUAGCGUUCUCCGAGGCGAAUAACUACAUAGGCUUGUGGAGCGAUUCGAGCAACGGCAAGUUCGCUCCCGGUGGAGGCGAUGGCGCCAUCUACGACAACUUCACCACUGCUGGCAACCACACCUACACCAUGGACAAGGCCCAUCUACGCGGUGGCUUCCGCUACCUGACUUUAUUCCUCAUCACGAAUGAGACGUCCUCCACCAUCGACAUCAACACCAUCUCCCUCGAGAUUGGUUUCCAGCCUACCUGGAGCAAUCUACAGGCUUACCAGGGGUACUUCCACUCCAGCGACGAUGAUCUGAACAAAAUCUGGUACAGUGGUGCAUACACCUUGCAGACCAAUGCUGUUCCAGUCGACACUGGCCGAUGGGUUCCGACUCUAGCAGUAGGUUGGGCCAACAAUGGCAGUCUGUCCAACGGUACCACCGUCAUCGUGGAUGGCGCCAAGCGAGAUAGAGCCGUGUGGCCUGGUGAUAUGGGUGUGGCAGUUCCUGCAACAUUCGUCAGUAUUGGUGAUCUCGAUAGCGUAGCCAAUGCUCUUCAAACCAUGUACGACCACCAAAACCACGACGGAUCCUUUCCGGAGGCUGGUCCACCACUGCUUCAGCAAUCUAGCGAUACAUAUCAUAUGUGGAGCAUGAUCGGCACCUACAAUUAUGUUCUGUAUACCAAUGAUACUGUAUUCUUGACUAAGAACUGGGAUCGUUACCUACACGCAAUGGAAUUCAUCUACGCCAAGGUUCACCAACCAUCGGGCUUGCUCAAUGUGACAGGAAUUCGCGAUUGGGCUCGAUGGCAGCAGGGCUUUAACAACAGCGAAGCAAACAUGAUCUUGUAUCACACCCUGCAGACGGGUGCAGAUCUUGCAAGCUGGCAUGGCGAUACCACCGGCCUUGCCGAUACGUACAGAUCUCGUGCUGUUAAUCUCAGCGCUGCCAUCAACCAAUACUGUUGGGACGCACCGUUUGGCGCUUUCAAGGAUAACGCUACCAAUACUAGUCUGCACCCGCAAGAUGCGAAUAGCAUGGCUGUAUAUUUCGGCGUUGUCCCUGCUUCGUCUUCGUUGUCUUCACGUGGGCAAAGCAUCUCUUCUCGACUGCUUGAGAACUGGACCCCAAUCGGUGCUGAAACGCCUGAGCUACCUAACAACAUCUCACCUUUUAUCUCUUCUUUCGAGAUUCAAGCCCAUCUCACCAUUGGCCAGACGGAUCGAGCACUAGAUCUCAUACGACGCACGUGGGGAUGGUAUCUUCAUAACCCCAAUGGCACAGGUAGCACUGUCAUCGAGGGCUACCUUACGAACGGAUCCUUCGGCUACCGCAACAGCCGUGGAUACAGCUACGAUGAUUCCUACGUCUCUCAUGCACAUGGAUGGAGCGCAGGGCCCACCUCAGCCUUGACCAACUACAUCGUUGGACUGUCCGUGACUGGACGUCUUGGUUCUACAUGGACUCUGAAACCACAGUUCGGAGAUCUUGAGCAUGCUCAAGCAGGGUUUGUGACAUCGUUGGGCAAGUUCAGCGCUGGUUGGAAUAUUACCAAUGGAGGAAGAAGCUAUUCGCUGUGGUGGAAUGUACCUGCAGGAACCAUUGGCAAUGUCACAUUACCGACACUACCAUCAGGCAAGACAGGCAAGGUAUCUAUUGACGGAAAGAGCUUCAAGAACAAGAGUGUUAGCAAGACGAACGGGUUGACAUUCGAGGUUGGUGGUGGCAAUCACAGUAUAGUUGUCGUUAGCAAGUAA